UAUCCAGCACAAGUCUUCGCCCCCCCCCCACCCAACCCCCUCUUUCUCCCUGCCAGGUUGAGAUUCUGAAGACAGGACAGAGGGGGACUGAAAAACCCAGUGAUCGAGGCUGAGUUCAACAUGCGGGGCGUGUGGGCUGUAUCUGGAAUCUUGUUGCUUCUUGGACUGGCCGCGACUGAAGCAGACCCACAGAGGGAUGACACAGACUGGUGCGAGCGUGACAAGGCACUCCACAAACGGUUGGAUAUUGUAGAAAAGAAUAUAGAACAAACGGUCAAUCACUUGGAAGCUGAAAUAUCUGCCCUGCUCAGAUUCAUCGAGGCUUCAAACCCCCCACUUCAACUGGGAGCACCAACCAUGGACAUUUUUGAGAAUGGUUUGCACUGAACAUCACGAUGCCACUCUCCAUUCUGAAAGGCAGUCGUAGAACAAUACUUGCAUCAAGAAACAUAUCAGUAAAAUGACAUUUAAAAAAUGUGUCUGUUAUUGAUUGCAACAGCUAUUUCCAAUAUAAACUGUGUCGUGUUCCUUGCAUGGGGCUAUAUUGAGCAACUGCUGGAUGUUCAUUGGACUUGGAGCAUCCGUUACCAGGGUGACGUGGGAGCCUCUAAAAUUUGCAGUCCUCACUGGGCCUAGGUUAAGUUUGGCAGUUUUCUUUACCUUAGUUUGAUUUACUCUCACUUUUUGAAAUUUCUUUGAAAAAUAAUUACAAGAUGAGUUGCAGCAGUAAUCCACUAAUUUGAUACUGGAUAGUUUUGCUGGUACCACAUCUCCAGUGAACACCAGACAUAUAACCCAGCCUGUCCUAUGUGAACAAUUUCAAAGGACUGAAGGUUUGUUGCUGAGGAAAAAAAUUGUGAUUUUGUGUAGGAAUACAAAGUAUGUACAGAACAGAAACAAGCCAUUAUGUCCAACUGAUUAAUACCAGUGUUUAUGCACCACACAAGCUUCCUUCCACCCUUUUUCAUCUAACCCCAUCAAAUAUCCUACUAUUCCUUUCUUCCUCAUGUUCAUUCCUAGCUUCCCUUUAAAUGCAUCUAUGCUAUUUGUUCAAAUGCUCCUCAACUCAUAUUAUUAGUGGUUCUCUUUCCUCAGUUACUGUCCCUCUCCCCUUCAAAUCUACAUCAUGACACCUCUCCUAAAAAAAAACAACCCUUUAUCUCUCUGUCCUUACAAACUACCACCUUCUUUCCAAUCUCCGGAGUAACUGAAUGUGGUGUUGACUUCCAAAUCUGUGCCUGUGCUUCCUGAAAUUCCAUGUUUAAAUAUCUCUAACCAGGUUUACAUCCCUGUCACAGUAGGGCAGUGUCUCUUAUCAAAGUCAUAAAUAACAUCCUAUGUUACUGUGCCCAUCGUAAACUAUCCCUCAUCAUCCUUUUUGACCUCUCUGCAGCCUUUGACAUGGUUGACCAUGCCAGCUGCCCCCAAUGUCUCUCUACUGUUGUCCAGCUGGGUGGAACUGCACCCGCCCAGUUCUAUGCCUAUUUAUUCACUCAUAACCAGCCAAACACCAGCAAUGACCUUUUCCACUCCUGCACCAUUACCUUUGGUGUCCCCCAAACAACUAACCUUGGCACUCUCUUAUUUCUUGUCUACAUGCUGCCCCUCAGCCAUCCUAAAACACUGUGUUGCUUUUCACAUGUAUGCUGAUGACACCCAGCUCUCCCUCACACUCGUCCCCUCCACUGUCUCUAAAUUAUCAGACUGACAUCAAGUACUGGAUGAGCAGAGACUUCCUCCUAUUAAAUAAUUGGUAAGAUUGAAAUGAUCUUCUUUGAGCUUCACCACAAACUCCAUUCUCUAGCCAUCUACUCCAUCCCUCACCUGAACAGCUACCUGAGGCUAAACCAGACUGUAUGCCACCUUGUGUCAUAUUUGACCCUGUGAUGAACUUCUGACCUCAUAUUCGUCCUAUCGCUAAGAUGCUAUUUCCACCCCUGUAACAUCACCCAACUCCAACCAUGGUCUCAGGUGAUCUGCUGCUGAAACCCUCAGCCAAGCCUUUGUUAUCUCUGUACUUGACUCUCCCAAUGCAGUCCUGACCUGGUCUCCAAUAUUCCGGCCUGCAUAAACCUAAGUUCAUCCAAAACUUUGCAGGCUAUAUCCUAACACUCAAACGUAAGACAAAAAUGCCACUCAGCCCUCUGCUCGCUGACCUACAAUGGCUCCCGGUCAAGCAACGCUUUGAUUUUAAAAUUCUCAACCUUGUUUUCAAAUCCCUCCAUGGCCUCACCCCUUCCUAUCUCUUUAACCUCCUCCAGCCUCACAACCCUCUGAGAUAUCUGUGCUCCUCCAAUUCUGGCCUCUUGAGUAUCCCCAAUUUUAAUCACUGUAGCAUUGGCAUCGUCCCUUCAGUUGCCAAGGCCCUAAGUUCUGGAAUUACCUCAGUAAACCUCUCCACCUCUGUUUCCUCCUUUGGGACUCUCCUUGAAACCUGCUCUUUUAACCAAACUUUUGGUCACCUGCCCUAAUAUCUCCAUAUGCAGUUCAAUGUUAAAUUUUCUUUGCCACUGCUCUUGUGAAGCACGCUGGAACUUUUUAACUACAUUAAAGAUGUUAUAUAAAU